GGGGGCCGGAGGAGGAGCUCCCGUCCGGCGCCCCGGACCCAUCGUGGAGCCCAGCAGCUGGUCGCCGGAGAGGUUUCACAGAUGAUCAAGAUCUGCAUCUAGCAGCUAGUCUUUCAACAACCACCUUCAUCUUUCCCCCAUCAAUCCCUUCCUCAAACAGGAAGGCUAAGCCAGGCAGUCUCAAUGCCUAAGACCAGCAAAGUGACACAGCGGGAACAAAGCAAUGAGCCCGUCACAGAAUCUGUGGCUGAUCUUCUGGCCCUUGAGGAGCCUGUUGACUAUAGACAAAGUGCCUUAAAUGUGGCUGGAGAGAACUGGAACAAACAGCAGCCUGAUGUGGAGGAAAUUGUUGAGGAUAGGCCAGCAUGGAACAACAAAUUUGAGUAUAUUUUGGCUCAGAUUGGCUACUCUGUGGGGCUGGGCAACGUCUGGCGAUUUCCAUAUUUGUGUCAAAAGAAUGGUGGAGGUGCUUAUCUUGUUCCAUAUCUGGUGCUGCUCAUCCUCAUUGGAAUUCCCCUCUUUUUCCUGGAGUUGGCUGUGGGCCAGAGGAUCCGCCGGGGCAGUAUAGGCGUGUGGAACUACGUUUGUCCCCGGCUGGGCGGCAUCGGAUUUGCCAGCCUCCUGGUCUGCUUGUUUGUUGGGCUUUACUACAAUGUGAUCAUAGGAUGGAGCAUCUUUUACUUUUUUAAGUCCUUCCAGUACCCCCUGCCUUGGAGUGAGUGUCCCAUCUUAAAAAAUGGUUCCAUAGCAAUUGUGGAACCAGAAUGUGACAAGAGCUCUGCCACUACCUUCUUCUGGUAUCGUGAUGCCCUGGACAUCUCCGACUCUAUUUCUGAGAGUGGUGGUCUCAACUGGAGGAUGACCUUAUGUCUCCUAGCAGCUUGGAGCAUUGUGUGCUUAGCCAUGAUCAAAGGAAUCCAGUCCUCAGGGAAGGUGAUGUACUUCAGCUCUCUCUUUCCUUAUGUCGUGCUGAUCUGCUUCUUGGUCCGGGGGUUGCUUCUUAGAGGGGCAGUAGAUGGGAUCGUGCACAUGUUCACGCCCAAGUUGGAUAAAAUGUUGGAUCUCCAAGUGUGGCGAGAAGCAGCCACUCAGGUCUUCUUUGCCCUUGGACUAGGCUUUGGUGGAGUUAUUGCUUUCUCCAGUUACAACAAACAGGACAACAAUUGCCACUUCGACGCAGCCUUGGUCUCCCUCAUCAACUUCUUCACCUCCAUCUUGGCCACAUUGGUUGUCUUUGCUGUGUUGGGGUUCAAGGCCAAUGUCAUGAACGAGAAGUGUGUGGUUGAGAAUGCUGAGAAGAUCCUGGGUUAUCUGAACACCAAUGUCUUGAGCCAUGAACUUAUUCCACCCUAUGUGAACUUUUCCCAUCUCACAGCCAAGGACUACAGUGAGAUGUAUGCUGUGAUAAAGACGAUAAAGAAGGAGCACUUUGACAGAUUGGGACUGGAUCCCUGUCUGCUGGAAGAUGAGCUUGACAAGUCUGUGCAGGGAACUGGCCUUGCAUUCAUAGCUUUCACAGAAGCAAUGACUCAUUUCCCAGCUUCUCCUUUCUGGUCAGUGAUGUUCUUCCUGAUGCUGAUAAACCUGGGCUUGGGAAGCAUGAUUGGGACCAUGGCUGGCAUCACCACACCCAUCAUUGAUAUGUUCAAGGUGCGCAAGGAAGCAUUAACAGUUGGCUGCUGCAUUUUUGCUUUCUUUGUGGGGCUGAUCUUUGUGCAGCGCUCUGGCAACUACUUUGUCAACAUGUUUGAUGAUUAUUCUGCAACGCUGCCACUCACUCUUGUGGUAAUCCUGGAGAACAUCGCUGUGGCUUGGAUAUACGGUACCAAAAAAUUCAUGCAUGAAUUAACAGAAAUGUUGGGUUUCCGCCCUUACCGUUUCUACUUCUACACAUGGAAGUACGUCUCACCUAUCUGUAUGGCUGGCCUAAUGAUGGCCAGCAUAAUUCAGCUAGCAGUCACUCCGCCAGGUUAUAAUGCCUGGAUCAGAGAAGAGGCUGCAGAGAAAUAUCUCUAUUAUCCCAAAUGGGCACUGGGUAUCCUUGUGUCACUGAUCAUCUUAGCCAUCCUUCCUUUGCCUGUCAUCUUCAUCCUUCGGCAAUUCCACCUUAUGUCAGAUGGUUCCAAUGCUCUGUCUGUGACGUACAAGAAGGGGCGUAUGAUGAAAGACAUCUCCAACCUGGAAGACAACGAUGAAACCCGUUUCAUCUUGAGUAAAGUACCCAGCGAAACCCCUUCCCCAAUGCCCACACACCGUUCUUACCUGGGUCCAGGGACCACAUCCCCAAUGGAGAUGACCAGUGUUGCCAAUGGACGCUUUAGCAGUGGGUACCAUAUGGCUACCACCCCUGAAUCUGAACUGUGACCAUCUGCCACCAGCCCUCCCCUCCUUGCCUAGAGAAGGAACCUGUGCUUUAGACAUUCUUUCCAGAAUUUACGGCAGGUAGGAGGCAGAUGAUAUCUUGAGGGUGGAAAAGAUGGGAAGGGAAGAGGUCUUUCUUUCUGGUUACCGCCACCCGAAAUCUCAGAUCCUUCCUCAGUGAACAAUAGUAAUAAGACACUGCAAUAAAUAAGCAAAAUUUUAGCCAAUUGGCACUGAAAAACACAAAUCCCUUUUGCACAAGCACAAGCUGGGAAAGGGACACAAAACAAGGCAGCAGCAAAGGGAAAGAGUUCAGGACCCUUAGAGCUACCUCCUUAUCCACUGUUUUUCUCUAGCUAGGAGAAGAAAUCUUGUUUCAGCCAGUGAGUACAUCUAAGCACUACCACCACCACCACUUCUAGCACAAAGAAGACUCUUAAUGUGGGUUCUACCAGACAACCAGUGGGGUUGCACUUUGAUCAGUUUGCACAUUUGCUUUGGUGAAUGUGUCUUAGAAGUCUGGAUAUACUUUUAUGUAGACAGCACAUGAUAAUGCCAAUGGCUGUGCCGUCGCAUAAUGUAUGCCAUCCCACUGCUGAUGCUAGACAAAAACUGUAAGGGGAUUAAGGAUGGGAAUCUCCUCUGAGGGUGUGAUCACAUGAGGAAAUCAGUCAUAUUUUGGACCACUUGUGGAAUAGUCUGUUGUGAUCUAUUUCCUGGCAAUUAUACAACGUUUGGGGAAUUGUACUCCAGCCCGACCCCAGACUGUGUCCAAGCUGAACCUUUUUGGUUCAGCUGUAGGGCUACUACUUUUAUUUUCCAAAUAAAAUAUGGAAAUUUCACUUUCAUUCCCUGCAAUGCAACCAAUUCUAGUGCAGUCAGGUAGACACCUUUGUCUUGUCUUAUCACACCCUUUAUGAAGGUUGCAUUGACCUACUUACUAACAUUCCUUACAGUGUUCCUCUGCCCAAUUCUGGCCCAUGCAGGGGUGCAAAUUCAGGCAUAUGCCAUGUGUGUAUGACAGAAUCAGGACUGUUUUGCAUCAGUGUAAUUUUCUAUAAUUUACAGUAUCACUUCUGAUGUUUUUUCUGUAACUCUGAGCACACUCAUACUUUUCAUCAAAUAUACUUUUAUGAUGAAAACUUUUCCAGAGAGAGCUGUUCUCUAUAGCAGCUUUCCCUUACCUACUGUUUGUAUAAAACUCUACUCCUUGGUGUUGAAUUAUAAUCUCUAUCCCCAAGCUGGGCUGGGAUGGUGGACGUUGUGGUUCAGCACAUCGGGAAUGCACCAGGUUGGGGAAGGUUGCACCACAAACACACUGGUAGGUUAUAAAAGCAUUAUAAAAAGGGCAUGUUAAAUUUAAUUAAAUAAACACACUAAAAUAAAAUUUUAUUGCAAGGGAGUGUUGGUACUGCCCCUUCCCCUUUUAACUAUGCAGUAUAUUUCAUACCUAGAAAAAUAUAAUAGCUCCUUUAAGUGCUGCAUUAUAACUGAACUGCAGGAUGUGGAAGUACAGGUGGAGCACAUGGCUCACCUGUUGGGUACAGCUGAUGCCAUUAUUUAAUGAACAGUGACAUAGUUUCUGCCUCCUGCUUAGUCAUAUUCAAUAGAGGAUUCAAACAUGCAGUGCCCUUUUUAAAACUUGGUUUUAGAGUUCUAUCUCACUAUUAUUUUAGUUGCUUGGAGGUUGUAUAAUUCAUAUGUGGGAGUGCACACACACAGUGAGAUUCUAAGAAACAGGCGCUAAAAUAUGUCACAUGGUUCUGGAACCUUUUAAAGGCUUUUUUUUUCCUUUUCCUUUUUGAAAAUUUGGUGUUUGAGCACUCCCGUGGCACAAUCUGUGUGGGAGCACACAUCUCGUCUGGUUUUUAAAAGUGUUGAACAGCAUAAGGGGUCUUUUUCACCUCCACCACCAUAUUCAAAAAAGAGAAACUACUGUACACAAAGGAGUCUUGUGCUGCUAUGGCAUUGCUAUGUGGUGGCUUGUGUGCAGAUGGCCUUUUAUGUCUCCCAUGCAGAGAACAAACUAGGACAGUCAAAACAAUUGGGGGGGGGGGAACCCCAUGGUCAUAACUUCCCUCAGUUCUCCUCCAGAAGAUGUUUUAUAGUAUGGAUGAAAACAAACUGAAUUCUUGAAAACAUUUUCAGGCCCACUAAAGUGGGGCCAAAUGCUGCAUGAACAGAUGUGGAGUGAUUUUAAGAAAAUGUCCACUUGCAGCAAACAGCUAUGGUGGCUCCUGAUGUUUAGCCAGAAUGUAGCAAAGUCUAGGUGCUCAUCAUGGUAGUCUCCACAGAUGCACAUCCUCAAGUAGUCCCAAAAUGCAGGCAUUUUGUCCAUGUGCUUGCACAGGCAGGUGCAUGAAAUUCUGUGCAAACACUGAAAUACACACGGCUGUUUCCAAAAUUAUUGCAGCCCUUUCCACUCACUCUGAUUCUAAAGAUUGUUGGGGCCUCUCCAUGCAUUACCUGACCUAUGCUCACAUUUCUGUGCUCUGUAUAGAAAGCUGUGGGAAAAUGUAGACCUCCAUGCUCAUCCAUGUGUGUGUGUAUGUGUGUGUGUGUGUGUGUGUGUGUGUGAGAGAGAGAGAGAGAGAGAGAGAGAGAGAGAGAGAGAGAGAGAUGUACAUGUGCACUGAGACAGUGAGAGAGUAAGGUAUGAACUCACAACAAUCUGUUGUGAGUAGGGAAAAUCCAUUGUUCUCCUUCCCCCACUGCAAUGAUUUCAGCUAAAGUCAGAGGGAAUUGGGAAGAUGGGCCUCACAGGUUAUGUCAGCAACCUUGUGCUGAUCCAACACCUGUGAAGCUCAGGUUCACUACAACACUGCCCUGUUAUCGGUGAUAAUCUGAGCACUGACUAGGAGUUAGGCUUCUCAAGAUCCAAGGAGUAGGUUUUAUACAAACAGAUACUUGUCUUGGCAAUCGAGGUGGUGUUCCUCCUUUGAGAUGACCAUGGAAUUGCAUUAUUUGACCUGAGGAAGGCAAGGAAACAUUACAUGGGCUUGGAAACUGACCAGUUCAAAGGAACAUAGUACUUGCUGCUAACAUACUGCCUUCCAGGGAUGUUGGGAAGUUUUGGGGUUAGAGUCCCACGACCAAGUCCAAGUUUUUAGUAACAAGUACCAAGCCCCAAGUCUGAGUCCUUGUUAAAAGUAAAUUUUCCCCCCAGGGGAAAAAAAA